AUGCGUUUGUUCAAUGCUGGUCUCAUAUCUAGUGUGCUUCUGUUCCAUCGCGCCAAUGCCAUUCCAGCUCCCGUGCCUGAGAACGGACUCGAAGAGCUUGACAAAAGGCAACUUCUGAGCGGCAUUUUGACCACCCUCGAUGGCCUCACAGACCCUACUGCCAUAUUGUCGCAGCUCAAGCUGGUCCAACCGGCUUCCAAGCCAACCAGCGUCGAGGAAGCACAGUCUCGGCUCGAGCAGGUCUACUCUGCAACACCAACAAACAUCUACAAGAACGUGGCAAACCAGAUCAGUGAAGGCCUGACAACCAUGACGAUAAACGAAGCCCUCGGCAUCCUCACCACCGGCGAGAAUUCGCAAACCAACAACAACCUCCGCGACCCCGCAACACCCAUAUAUCCCCAGAAAUCGCCCUCUGAUGCACCCUACUCCCUCAGUGAGCAGCAGCUGCGCCAGGCAAUAUACAUCCCUCCUGCCUUCACCUACGGCCAGAAACCCCCCGUCAUCUUCGUCCCGGGCACCGGCGCCUACGGUGGGAUCAACUUCGCCUCGAACCUCCGCAAGCUCCUGACCGACGUCGCCUUCGCCGACCCGGUGUGGCUGAACGUGCCGGGCGCGCUGCUGCGCGACGCGCAGACCAACGCCGAGCACGUCGCCUACGCCAUCAACUACAUCUCGGGCAUCUCCAACAGCGCCAACGUCUCCAUCAUCUCCUGGUCGCAAGGCGGGCUCGACACCCAAUGGGCCUUCACCUACUGGCCGUCCACCCGCCCCACCGUCAGCGACUUCAUCCCCGUCAGCGCCGACUUCCACGGCACCGUCCUCGCCAACGCCAUCUGCCUCUCCAGCGGCGGCGGCAUCGGCCUCGGCCCCUGCGCGCCCUCGGUCAUCCAGCAGGAAUACACCAGCCGCUUCGUGGCGACGCUGCGCGCGGCGGGCGGCGCCGACGCGUACGUGCCCACCACGUCCGUCUUCUCCGGCUUCCUCGACGAGAUCGUGCAGCCGCAGUCGGCGGGCACGGCGGCGUCCGCCUUCGUCGGCGACGCGCGCGGCGCCGGCGCCACCAACGCCGUCCCGCAGGUCGUGUGUGCGGGGAAAGGGCCUGCUGCCGGCUUGUACACUCACGAGAGCAUGCUGGCGAACCCGCUGACGUACGCGCUCGUCGUCGACGCCCUGACGCACGACGGUCCCGGGAGCGUGGACAGGCUGGAUUUGGACAGUGUGUGCGCGACGGCGCUGGCGCCCGGGUUGGGGUUGGAUGACCUUUUGGGGACGGAGGGGGUGCUGGUGCUUUCUGCUGUGAAUCUGUUGACGUAUCCGGAUAGGGGGUUGGUGGAGCCUGGGUUGAUGGCCUAUGCGGCUGCGUGA